CCCCAAAUUAAGUUGCUUAGCAAGGGGGAAAGAGGCUUUUUCCUCCCUCCAGCAGCCCAGCCGAACGCCUUUCGUUUUUUGCCCUCGCGGAUCUUCCAUGUAGGCAGCCGAGGCUGGCGAGCCCGACACUCGGAAGCCGCUGCGGGGGGGCCUCUUUUUGGGGAGGCGCCGACCGGGGUAGGCUUCGCCGCCCCCAGGGAAGCGGCGGCCGCGUUCCUCCGGGGUGCGCCGGGGCCCGAGAGCGGCGCACGGCGCGGGCCGCGAGGGGUGGGGCAGCCGGAGCGCAGGCCCCCGAGCCCCGGCGGGCGCCCCCGGGCCCCCGCGCGCGCCCCGGCCUCCGGGAGACUGGCGCAUGCCACGGAGCGCCCCUCGGGCCGCCGCCGCUCCUGCCAGGGCCCCUGCUGCUGCUGCUGUCGCCUGCGCCUGCUGCCCCAACUCGGCACCCGACUUCUUCAUGGUGUGCGGAGGUCAUGUUCGCUCCUUAGCCGGCAAACGACUUUUCUCCUCGCCUCCUCGCCCCGCAUGUUCAGGACCAAACGAUCUGCGCUCGUCCGGCGUCUCUGGAGGAGCCGUGCGCCCGGCGGCGAGGACGAGGAGGAGGGCGCGGGGGGAGGCGGAGGAGGAGGCGAGCUGCGGGGAGAAGGGGCGACGGACGGCCGGGCGCAUGGGGCCGGUGGCGGCGGCGCAGGCAGGGCUGGCUGCUGCCUGGGCAAGGCGGUGCGAGGUGCCAAAGGUCACCACCAUCCUCACCCCCCAGCCGCGGGCUCCGGCGCGGCCGGGGGCGCCGAGGCGGAUCUGAAGGCGCUCACGCACUCGGUGCUCAAGAAACUGAAGGAACGGCAGCUGGAGCUGCUGCUUCAGGCCGUGGAGUCCCGCGGCGGUACGCGCACCGCGUGCCUCUUGCUGCCUGGCCGCCUGGACUGCAGGCUGGGCCUGGGGGCGCCCUCCGGCUCGCAGCCUGCGCAGCCGCCCUCGUCCUAUUCGCUCCCCCUCCUGCUGUGCAAAGUGUUCAGGUGGCCGGAUCUCAGGCAUUCCUCGGAAGUCAAGAGGCUGUGUUGCUGUGAAUCUUACGGGAAGAUCAACCCCGAGCUGGUGUGCUGCAACCCCCAUCACCUUAGCCGACUCUGCGAACUAGAGUCUCCCCCUCCUCCUUACUCCAGAUACCCGAUGGAUUUUCUCAAACCAACUGCAGACUGUCCAGAUGCUGUGCCUUCCUCCGCUGAAACAGGGGGAACGAAUUAUCUGGCCCCUGGGGGGCUUUCAGAUUCCCAACUUCUUCUGGAGCCUGGGGAUCGGUCACACUGGUGCGUGGUGGCAUACUGGGAGGAGAAGACGAGAGUGGGGAGGCUCUACUGUGUCCAGGAGCCCUCCCUGGAUAUCUUUUAUGAUCUACCUCAGGGGAAUGGCUUUUGCCUCGGACAGCUCAAUUCGGACAACAAGAGUCAGCUGGUGCAGAAAGUACGGAGCAAAAUCGGCUGUGGCAUCCAGCUCACGCGGGAAGUGGAUGGCGUGUGGGUGUAUAACCGCAGCAGUUACCCCAUCUUCAUCAAGUCAGCCACACUGGACAACCCGGACUCCAGGACGCUGUUGGUACACAAAGUGUUCCCCGGUUUCUCCAUCAAGGCUUUUGACUACGAGAAAGCGUACAGCCUGCAGCGGCCCAACGACCACGAGUUCAUGCAGCAGCCGUGGACUGGCUUCACCGUGCAGAUCAGCUUCGUGAAGGGCUGGGGCCAGUGCUACACCCGUCAGUUCAUCAGCAGCUGCCCGUGCUGGCUGGAGGUCAUCUUCAACAGCCGGUAGCCACGUGGGGAGAGGACAGAGCGGGAGCCGAGCGGGCCCAGUCCAAACUACUUUGCUGCUAAUAUUUUCCUCCUGAGUGCUUGCUUUUCAUGCAAACUCUUUGGUCGUUUUUUUUUUUUUUUCUCCCCUCCUUCCCCUCGUUCUUGUUUAUGUUCUGUUUUGUUCUUUGAGAAAUAGCUUAUGAAAAGAAUUGUUGGGGUUUUGGCGGGGGUGGGUGGUAUGGUUGGCAGAACACCAAGGCAUGAAAAGGGGAAGCAAAAAUCAGUACCACCGAACACAAUGUAAAUGGGGAGCAGGCCUCGACUUCGGGGUCCUCGUUGCCCUCGUCAGGGUGUACGAGAGAGAGAGAGAGAGAGAGAGAGAGAGAGAGAGAGAGAGAGAGAGAGAGUGUGUGUGUACGCAGAUGGGGGAAGCGGUGUGCUCUGUGCGUUUCCUACGGAUGUUGACCGCUGAGAGGUUUGCGCUCCCAAGCUGUGUCCCUCUUGCUCCUUGGACUUGCACAGUGGGGCAGCGGGUGUCCCAGCAGCAAGGCUCUGUCCCCCAGCCUGGGGAAGCCCCCAUCCCGCCUCUCCCCUUCUAGGACAUUGGCCUGUCCGCAGGCUUCUUAGAAGCCACCCUGCCAGAGGCUGAACCAGAACCUGUCCUUCCAUGCUGUCUCACUCCCCUCCGGCCACCCUGCUGCCGUUGUCGUGUCUUUCUUUUUUGGCCAUCUGCUCCUGGAUACCUCUGAGAUGGGCUUCCCGAGGGCUGCCGGGGCAGCCCCCGUCACAGUAUUGCUCACCUAGUGCCCUCUCAGGCCCCUCCGCCUCUCCCCUGCCCUGGUUACAUCAGGUUUUUCCUGGACUCAGAAAACCAGCUCAGCACUUUCCUCCCCUCUGCAGCCUGUGUGUUGAGCUCUGCUGUUAGACCAGCGAGGGGAGCCGCCCCCCCUUCCCACCAAGAAGGAUUCGGUCCAUCUUAACCCAAGGUACCAUCCUGAGCUGACACCUAACUCUUCCGUUUCUUCUACAACUCAUACACUCGUAUGAUACGUUGACACUGCUCUUAGCUCAAUGAGCAUGUUUAGACUUUAACAUAAGCUAUUUUUCUAACUACAAAGGUUUAAAUGAACAAGAGAAGCAUUCUCAUUGGAAAUUUAGCAUUGUAGUGCUUUGAGAGAAAAAGGACUCCUGAAAAAAAACCCUGAGAUUUAUUAAAGAAAAAAUGUAUUUUAUGUUAUAUAUAAAUAUAUUAUUACUUGUAAAUAUAAAGACGUUUUAUAAGCAUCAUUAUUUAUGUAUUGUGCAAUGUGUAUAAACAAAAAUAAAGAAAAGAUGCACUUUGCUUUAAUAUAAAUGCAAAUAACAAAUGCCAAAUUAAAAAAGAUAAACACAAGAUUGGUGUUUUUUUCUAUGGGUGUUAUCACCUAGCUGAAUGUUUUUCUAAAGGAGUUUAUGUUCCAUUAAACAAUUUUUAAAAUGUAUACUUGA